AUGAAUGAAAAUCACGGUGACUAUGAGCUCUCGCACACUCAAGUAAAGAUCAAGCGCGCUACAAGCCCAUUAGUUCAGCCAAUCGAGUCUGCAGAACUGAUUAGUUUGUUUUUGAAGCGACUCGAAGCAUUGCAGGAACGGGCUCAUAAUCGUAACAAGGCUUCAAAGCGGUCACGGCGUUUGGUCAUUGGUAUGCACGAGGUUCGACGAGGUCUUUUAUGUCGCAAGAUUGUUUUGCUUGUCGUUGCCACAGACUUUGAUGGGUUUAAAGCAGUCAAGCUUCGUUAG